GUCGCAAUUUUUAACCUUAUUCGAAACUUUCGUGAAUCGAAUUUAUUGCGACUGGAAUUCUCGCGAGAAAAUUUAACGAGCUCAAAGAUCACUCAAUACAGCUCUAAAUUUAGGUCUGUGUGACACGAUUGUUUCUCGGCCCUCUCUUAAUACUCUUAUUAUAAUCAGUCGAACGUGGGGAUGAAUCCUUUCGGUAAUUCCAGCCAGAGGCACAAGUUGCUUCGGUUUUUUUCACUUCUUUCAGCAUCUCAUCAAUUCUUUAUUAUUGUCCCUCGAACCUUGUCUUCAGCGAGGAAUCCACCAGUUUAUUCGCUUAUAAACCCGAAUUUUGCUACUAAGCCACAUGGAUGAUUGAUCAGUGGGCGGUAAUCUGGGGGCCGGCGCCUGUCAUCAUUCAUUGUGGUCUGACUUGAUGUUUCAAUCUGCCCUGUAAGUCGCUCAGGCAAAGAAUAUUGGUGGCUAUCUCUCGAAAGGGAGUCAAAAGGCAAUCGAUAAAGGAUUUUCAACCGCGUAAAUGUCUCUGGCGAAAGAAUUAAAUGCGGCUCUUCAGAAUUGAAAUUGUGAGACCAAAGCCUAUAAGAGUAAACAGAUCAUUCAUUUGGUUUUUGAUCAAUCAGAAAACAAUACACUUUUUCUUUGACCUCAAUUAUCAACUACGAUUAUCGAGAAAGCAUCCGUGAGGCAGUGAUUAAGAAUAUGGCAGGUAGUUAUUCGAAGAAUAUUCCUUCCAAUGGUUUCCUCUCCCUUCCCAUCGAAUCCAAAGCUUCAAAUUCCAAGCGUGGUAGAUCUGUUUCGAACGCUGGCUCUGAUCAAUCUGCGAGGUCCAGCCUGUCUAGAAUUACAUAUGUUGAGGAAGAUUCUCAAAUUGCUGCAUAUUCAGACUUAGAGGAUUCCGAUAGCAUCGUCCAGAUAAACUACUCCUGCUUAGAUCGUCUGGCUGUGCUUAUUCGCAUCUUGUUUUGUCUCCCAAUUUCAUUGAAGAUGAAGAAGAAGAGGUCUCCCAAGCACGUGGAGGCCUUACCAUUCGAUACGGAGAGCUCUCCGUGGCUACUCUCCGUGUUUGUUCUGUCGACCCGCAAAGAUUCAAAUAAACAACCGGUACCCAAAAACGCGAAGUGUACUAUUGAUACCGGAAAUAUGCAGGGAAAUAUCGUGUCAAGAGAUUUCGUCGAGAAUGUCUUGGAGUACUCGGAAGCAAACUUUGUUCGUUUAACGGCAGAAGAAAUGGAGGGCGGAUUUGGUAUAACAGGGGACAAGCUCGUGCCGGAGGGAGCCAUCUAUUUGACCUGGUAUCACAGCAAAAGUACUCGAGUUUUCCAUAGCAUGAGGUUUCUUAUCUCGCCACAUUCCCAAUGCGACCUUAUCAUUGGAGCUCGAUCUAUACUGAAGGAUAAUUUGCUUGGUGUUCCUAACCUAAUGGCAACAGUGACAACGACAGCGAAGAUUGCACCAAUAGAUAAUCCCAAAAAGGAUAAAGAAGAGGAGGAACUAAAUAAGACAUUACUUAAACGGAAGAAGAUAUACGAAGAAAAGGAAGUCGCGCUGUUAGAAGCGGGAGAAGAUACAGAAAACGACAAUAAUUUGAAAAAACUUGGAGAAGACUGCGAUAUCGCCAGGAAUCUUCUCUUGAUCCGACAGGCAGAAUUGAAGAACAAUCAAAAUCUAGUGAUUCAACUUAAAAAAGAUCUAGAGAAGCUACCAGGUUAUAAUAGUUAUGUGGUGCCCUCCAAGGCGCAUGCUGUUAUUUCCUCUGGUCUAGAAACAAAGAAUGACGUGGUUGUUCAACGUGCCGGCAACUUCAAAAAAAAUAGUACAUCUUCACCCAAGAGAUAACUAUUUGCGGUAUGUUGGAGGUUCUUUUGCGAAUUGUUAAUUAACUAGAGAAUUGAGGAGCAGCCAGUAGUUAUGCAUAUUUGUAUGGGACACUGGAGGGUUUCGGGAGGAAUAAUUGCGCUCUUCUUAAUGAUGUUUUGGACGAUAAAAGAUUUGGGACAGUAGCGUUUUUUAUUUGAAGGGUUAGCCAACAAGAAAGCGGAGAAUGGGUGGUAAUGUCAUGGCUUAGUAGAUUUUCACUGAGCGAUCAGGGCCGAAAUAAUAUUGACUGGAGAAUUGCGUUGUUUUAUAAACCUUGCGCUUAAACUUUCAUAGGGACUAUUUGCAGAAUUCAAUAAAUACAUGACCGCA